AUGGUCCAAGCAAAGAACAAAGUCUGCCUCAUCGUGCACGAUGGAUGGGGAAUCGCGCCAGAGCCCAACAUGAAGGGCGACGCCAUCUCCGCAGGCGACACGACCAACAUGGACACGAUCGCAAAGGACCACUCCUACCGCUCGCUCGCCGCGCACGGCCUUGCCGUCGGCCUCUCCGACGGCCUCAUGGGCAACUCUGAAGUCGGACAUCUCAACAUCGGCGCCGGACGUAUCGUCUGGCAAGACAUCGUCAAGAUCGAUGUCUCCAUCAAGAAAAAGCAGUUCCACAAGAACGAGAACAUCCUCGCCAGCGUCAAGCAUGCCAAGGAGGGAAACGGCCGCCUACACUUUCUCGGCCUGGUCUCCGACGGCGGUGUGCACUCGCACAUUCACCAUCUGCAUGCCCUCCUCGAAACCGCGAAGGAGAACGACGUGCCCGAAGUCUACAUCCACUUCUUCGGCGACGGGCGUGACACCGCCCCGCGCUCCGCUGCUGGCUACGCGAAGGACCUCCUUGCGUUCAUCAACGACAAGGACGGCUUGAACGGGUAUGGAAAGCUCGCGACCGUCGUCGGACGCUACUACGCGAUGGACCGCGAUAAGCGCUGGGAGCGUGUCAAGGUUGCCGUCGACGGGUUGAUUAACGGUGUCGGCGAAGAAUCGGAGGACGUGGUCAAGACGAUCGAGGCGCGCUACGAGAAGGACGAGACGGACGAGUUCUUGAAGCCGAUAAUCCUCAACGGCGACACAGGCCGCGUCAAGGAGGGCGACACUCUGUUCUUCUUCAACUACCGCUCGGACCGCAUGCGUGAAAUCGUCACCGUGUUCGGCUUCCCCGAUCCGCCAGUAGACGUCCCCAUCCCCAAAGAUCUCCACAUCACCACCAUGUCGCGCUACAACCCAGAGUGGACAUUCCCCGUCGCCUUCCCGCCGCAGGCUAUGACCAACGUUCUUUCCGAAUGGGUCGCCAAGCAGGGGCUCAAGCAAUGCCACAUUGCCGAGACGGAGAAGUACGCGCACGUUACCUUCUUCUUCAACGGCGGCGUGGAGAAGCAGUUCGAGCACGAAGAGCGACACAUGAUCUCGUCCCCCAAGGUCGCGACGUACGACAAGCAGCCGGAGAUGUCCGUCCAGGGCGUCGCUGACAAGGUCGCCGAGGUACUGAAGUCGGGCGAACACGACUUCGUCAUGUGCAACUUUGCCCCGCCCGACAUGGUUGGCCACACCGGCGUCUACGAUGCGGCCGUUCAAGCCAUCUCUGCGACCGACAAGGCCGUCGGCACCGUCUACCGCGCCGCGCAAGAGGCGGGCUACGUCCUCCUCAUCACCGCCGACCACGGCAACGCGGAGCAGAUGAUCAACCCCGAGACGGGCGCGCCGCAUACCGCGCACACGACGAACAAGGUACCGUUCAUCAUCGCCGGAGUGAACGGCAAGGAAUGGACGUUCGAAGAGGAGAAGAAGGUCGGCGACGAGGAGGAGGAAGGCGCGUUAUGCGACGUCGCGCCGACGGUGCUGCACAUCCUCGGCCUCGAGAAGCCCGAAGAGAUGACCGGACGCAGCUUGCUCAAGACCGAGGCUUAG